AUGUUACUCAUGAAUGAAUCCAUAAAUGUGACCAUUCCUUCGUAUCAAUAGGAAUCUUCAAACGUGCAAUACGUGAUCGAUAUCAAGACGAGAAAUAAGCAACAAUGGCAAAUUCCUAAGCGCUAUUCUUAAUUCGAGGAUUUGCACAAGAAAUUGAUCCCACUCUUUCAAGAACUCCCUGAAUUGCCAAAGAAAGCCUUCAUUACAUUCUUGGUUGGAAAGUCAAAGGAAUAAUUGGAGGAUCGAAGAGCUGGCUUGGAGAAAUAUCUUUAGUAAUUAAUAGUUCGUCGUGAGAUAUAUCAUUCCUAAUUACUCCGAGACUUCUUGCAGCUUGAAUAAUGCGAAGAAAUUCUCCCUCCCAACUUACUUCAUUCCUUUAAGACAAUUAUGGGCAUACGUGAUGUUGCCCAAUCUGACCAAGGAGUGAUGUUCCUCCUCUAAGCAGAUAUGAGUGUGUUAAAUAGAGUGGAUGCUUAUGUCAACAACAUGAAAAUGCCUUGGGAUUCAGAAUAGGGAGAACUCAAAACCAUACCAGUUGGAUAAGUUGAAUGCUACAUAAAGUAAGAAGAAGGAGAGUUUUGCUAUAAGAAAUUAUGGACCAAAGAGUAUAGUACUUAAGCAAUUUGCAUGUUUUAUGAGCCAAUCACAUGCACCUUGCUUGUUGGAUUGGACUCUGGAAAUAUUAAUUUUAUUAAGGUGUCAGAAAGGGAUUCUUUCCAAAAAUACGAAUAGAGCAUUGAGAUUGAAAUUCAUAUGGCCAGAAUAAUGGGUUUGUUUUAUAGAAAUGGGCAGAUUCAUUCUGUUUCUAAAGAUACUCAUUACAAAGUCAUUGAUAUGGAUUAAGGUGGAUUAAAAUCAGAUUUUUCGAUUGGCAAACACGAACUAACAUCAUUGACAUAUAAUGAAUAGAGACAAAUCUCUGUAGUUGGUAAUAGGAAUGGUUAACUGUAUAUACUAAACAUAAAGCCUGCGUAACCAAUAGUAAUGUUGACUAUUGAGACGAGCACUUCAUUUAUCAGAGGUCUAGUUUUGGACUACUAGAAGAACUAUUUAAUAUCCGUAUCUUAUGAUGAUGGUGUGAUUUGUGUUUUAGAUGUUGGCAAAUGUCUACAAGAGAAUGUGGGCAAGAUUAAAACCAAAAUUUAAGCCAAAAUUAAAACUAGAGAAGUUCAAUGGUCAAGUAAACGAGGGGAAUUGUUCGUUGGUAAUGAUGAUGGGACAGUCACAAUUUACAAUGCACUAGAUUUACAACCUUAAUGUAAUAUGUUUUCUUAUCUCCCAGUUGUACUAAAGGCACAUGAUAAAGCCAUCACUAAAUUGAUUUGGUAGGAAUCUACUCAGAUACUUGUUACUGGUGGCAAGGAUGAGUUGAUUAAGUGGUGGCAUUUUCCAAAAAAGUGGAAGGCUGGUGAUCAAGAUGAGUAGGUCAAAUCAAAACAGUUGAUUGAGGCCAAAAUGGACAAUAUCUUAAAGUUGUAAAAUUAGAAUCAAAAAGUUGAUUCAGAUGAGGAAGAUGAGACAGGUUUAGGCAAUUGGCAUAAAUGA